CAAACUAGAAAGAACAAAAACAUGUCAUUCAUUUGAAAAAUAGUAAAACUGUCAGUGUCAUGCGUUUUCACCAAAAAUGAAAAACUAAUUUCUUUCACCAAAAUGACUAAAUUAUAAAGUUUUCACACAUUAAUCUAAAUUCCCUGUACAGCAAAAGCAAUAUUGACAUAAUGGCGUCGGUGAUGAAGAGAUCUUUAGUUCUAAAGAAUGUUGUGAUGAACAAAAGCGCGAAAGGUGGGCUUUUAGCUGCACAAGGAAAGGAGAAUUACCUGAAUUCGAUUCCAUUGGCCAACACCAGUCAGCCCCCAGGCCACCUUCGUACGAGCCGCAGCUUCACCAACCGCGCCACGACGCCAUCACGCCGCCCUCUCCUCCAAUCACAGUCCACAAACCUCCUCCAAUCCCGACACCGCAACGACAAAAACGGCGGCAAAAACAAAAACAAAGGCGCGUCAAAAUCUGAUAAAAACCCGUGCUCAUCAGCGAACCCGCCCACAACCCCGCCCGACUGCCCCGGCACGUGUCUACCCCCGCCGUGCCAUUGCCCUCCCAAAUGCGUCCAAUACAUGACUGGGUACUUCUACUACCCUUACGGCUGGUGGUAUUGCGGGCCGUAUCAUCAGUCGGCGUGUGCGCCUUGUGGGCCGGUGACGGCGGAGCCCUGCCCCUGCCCCGCGCCGCAGCCCCCCGCUGAAAAAAUGCCGGCAACGGCUUGCAUGUGCCCGGGGGGUUUAGGCGCUGCGACCCCGUUGGCAACAUCAGGGGUUGCGGGUUCACCGUCGAUGGGUGCCAAACAAGCGCCGUUCCCUCCCUUUGGCACGGCGCCCCCUAAAGACAUAAUAGAAUCGUCUCCGCUAGCGGCUCGGGUCAAAAAACCCGAUUACCCCAGCAAGGAGCAAUCAGCGUCUGAAUCUUUAAAGGCGAAGGACAAGGAAAGCAAAAGCGGGAUUUCGAAAUUCUUUUCGUUCAAUAAUUUGGAACAGCCGCCGUCGCCGUCGGAUUCGUCGCCGAAACGGUUUAUGUCGACCGGUGCGACGGAAGCGGAACCCGAUAAAAUAUUACACAAAACCAGUCAUACCCCGAAUAAUAAUGUCAAAGGCGGUCGACAAAAUUCAUACGCCUCCGAAUCGAUCAAAAGCUAGUCUACUAGUAGAAAGUUAGAGACUUUUAAACCCGGCCUUUUCUCAUUUGGAAACUUUAACGACCCUGGCAGGAAGCGUUAGGUACUCCUAAAAUAGCCGCCCACGAUGUAUCUAUCAGCAGCAUAUUUGAAAAAACCCUUUCCAUCGUCUUACUCUACUUUUAAGUCAUACAAAUAUGCCUAUGUUAUUGUUUACUACAGCCGUUGUUGUAGAAUUUACCUGAAUGUCCAAAUAAAACCACGAUACUCUAUAAAAA